UUUAAAGGGGCGGGCUGUGUGUUUGACGAAUAAAAGCUGUAGCCUAUAGAUCGGUGCAAGGCUUUUUAACCGGGUAUAACCAGCCAGGCUUAAAGGAAACAUUUCGCCUUAUUUUUUUUUUUUUCAUCAGAGGUUAUUUCCUAUUGAAGGAGGUCUGAAAGCUAAGCAAACAUGAGCGACAAGGGGACAGUCUCACCGAAAGAGAAGGAGGGAACCGAGAAGAGGGGGCGUGGAAGACCCCGUAAGCAGCCCCAGGUAAAAUCCUCUGACGAGCCCAGUGGUUCACCCACUCCAAAGAGGCCCAGAGGACGGCCGAAGGGCAGCAAAAACAAGACGAGCAACAAGGGCAAAAAGGCAACAACGACUGCGUCUGCAGGGGGAAAGCGCAGAGGAAGACCUAAGAAGGAGGAGAAGGAGGAAAAGGCGUCCCAGGAAUCAUCUGAGGAAGAAGAGGAAGAGGACCAGUAAUUCACAACGCAUGCUACCUCACUCAACAUACUGACUUACUGUUAACCCUCCUUUGGCAAGAGAGCUUUGUUGUGAACAGUGGUCAUGUGCUGGAACUGGUGUUGGAGAUGCAGCCCAGUUCUGGUUAAUACAGUACAUAUAUCAUGCAACAGCACUGGAUAGAACGAUGGACCUUGCUCAAGCAUAGAUCUAAGAAUUACAUGAAAGGUAACAGCCCUUUUCUCUACAUGUCAUGUUAUCACAAGUCUUUUAUACUGGACAAAAGUGUGCUCCGUGGAGCCUGGACAUUUCCCCCUCCCUCCUCUCCCCCCCCAGUAAAGAUGGUUUCUCUGCUUAAUGUUACUUAUUUGUUGUACCUGCAUCUGAGAUGGUAGGGCAUAUAGAUUUUUCUCCAUGUUUUGUACUGGACAAAGGUGAAUUUUACCUAAACUUGCUGUUUUUUUUUUUUUUUUUUUUCUUUUUUUUGUUUUUGUGUGUUGUGUGAAGUGGUUAACCUAUCCUUUUGCAUCGUAUUCUAGACAAGUUGGGCUUCAGAGCUUAGGAUGAGAAUAGGUAACUGGCGGUAGAAAUGUGUCUUUAUGUCUGAUCUAAUCUAUCCCCCCCCCUCUCUCUCCACCUUAAAUCUGUCUCACCAGUAGAGCAAAGUAAUCUUUACCAGUUCCACCCUUCUUCCUGUAGAUGAGUUUUAAGUUUAGUCCUAACUUCCUUUUCAGUUUUCAGCGUGUAGUGGGGAGAUUGUAUUGUUAAUAAUCCGAGUAGUCCAAUCAUACUUACUGUUUUUGUUCCUCUGGGUUACAUACCAUUUUAAAACAUGUGUGCUGCUUUUUUUUUUUUUUUUUUUCUCCAUAUGAUAAUAAAGCUCAAAUCUUUUUGGUAAUGGUGUUUUUAAGGAUACGGUGGCAGAACUCUUGGCUGAGAGCAUCCAUGUCGUUUCUUCAGGGAGCUUUUACAAAUGCUGUUACAUUGCCGUCUUUGUCUUCACACAGUCCUCCGUUUUCCAAAUGCUCACUCAAUCGCUCGUAAGGCGAACUGCUACCGGUCAAACAAGGAGUGUGAUUGUAAAAAAAAAACAAAAAAAAAAACAAAAAAAAAGAUAGUUAGUGGCACUACUAUCCAACAGGGCUGUUUGUUGUUCAUUCCAUCUAGCUCUCACUGCUUCACCUAGCUUAGUCUUUCUGUCAUCACUUAGUACAUUAAUAUACUUUCUUAGUCUUUAAAGAUGUGUUGUAUGCUGUCUGCUACAGGAAAAAUAAAAGAUGUGCGUGUAUUUCUAAGUGUCAGGGAACUUUUGGUCACAGUCCACUUAACUGGGUUUUUCACACACCUAAGCUGCUACAACCUCAGUUAUGAAACCCGGAAAACUGCAAACAGGCCAUUCAAGACCUGGGACUUCAUACCUCACUCAACAGCUUACUUUACCUAAUAAUUGCAUUUAACUGGUUUUCUGUUGUUUAAUGUAACCUCUGGCAUGAGUUGGAAAGAUGUCGUUAUUACAUAGUUUGUGUACAUUUUUUUUUUUUUAACCUGACUGUAUUGAGGUGUCUACGAUGCCAGGUUUGUGAUUGUGUGCAUGCGCAGCACAUCUUGGCUCAUUCAUAAACAGAACUUGCAGACAGGUUGUUUUUUAAUGUGUGAAGCAAGUCAGGGAGACCUGUCAGCUUGACAACUGUGUUCGCUGACUGUGGUAGAUUAGCAGGUGUGUUUUUAUCCUUUUUUUUUUUUUUU